GCUGGGCUGCGGGAGGCGGCCGGGCGGCCCCCCGAGCCUCGCUAGGGUGACCCAAACAAAGGCAGCAUCCGGGCUUGGGUGGAUGCAAAACAACCAUGAGAGACUGGGUCCUCGCUCUCCGGGCUGCCGCGGCUCCUCCUCCUCCUCCUCCUCCUCCUCCUGCCGCCGCCGCCGCCGCCGCCGCCAGCAGGGCUCCGCUGUGAGGGGGGACAAGCUGGGGCGCAGCUGCUGGGCGUGAAUCCGAAAGGUGAGAGAAGACAGCCAGGCGGGAGGGGGGCCCAGCACCCCCGACCCCCUCAACCCCCAAGCCCCGGCAGGCCAAGAAGAUGUCCUCGUCCGCCGUGGGGCCCCGCGGUCCUCGCCCACCCACGGGGCCUCCCCCCAUGCAAGAGCUGCCCGACCUGAGCCACCUGACCGAGGAGGAGAGGAACAUUAUCAUGGCAGUGAUGGACCGGCAGAAGGAAGAGGAGGAAAAAGAAGAAGCCAUGCUCAAGUGUGUUGUCAGGGACAUGGCGAAGCCAGCUGCCUGCAAAACACCAAGAAAUGCUGAAAACCAGCCCCAACAACCUCCACUGAGCAUUUUCAGAUGUGUCUGUGCUCCCAGAAAUCCAGGCAGAGAAGAGGGAGGCCCAGAGAGAAACUGGAGAUUGCAUCAACAGUUUGAAAGCUAUAAAGAACAAGUGAGAAAAAUAGGAGAAGAAGCACGGAGGUACCAGGGCGAGCACAAAGAUGAUGCCCCGACGUGUGGAAUCUGUCAUAAAACCAAGUUUGCUGAUGGAUGUGGCCAUCUUUGCUCCUACUGUCGCACCAAGUUCUGUGCACGCUGUGGAGGCCGUGUGUCUCUGCGAUCCAACAAUGAGGACAAAGUGGUUAUGUGGGUAUGCAAUUUAUGUCGAAAGCAACAAGAAAUCUUGACCAAAUCUGGGGCAUGGUUCUUUGGAAGUGGCCCUCAGCAUCCCAGUCAGGAUGGAACUCUGAGCGACACGGCCACAGGUGCUGGUUCAGAUGUACCAAGAGAAAAGAAGGCACGGCUGCAAGAGAGAUCACGGUCUCAGACACCCUUGAGCUCAGCAGCUGCCUCUUCCCAGGACACUGCUUCUCCCGGUGCACCACAUGACAGGAGCAAAGGGGCUGAGCCCUCCCAGCAAGCCUUGGGGCCUGAGCAGAAACAGGCUUCAUCCAGGUCUAGAAGUGAGCCUCCAAGAGAGAGGAAGAAGGCUCCGGGGCUGUCGGAGCAGAACGGCAAAGGCGGCGACGUGAAGGGAGAGAGGAAACGCGCGCUGAAGCCCUCGGGGCCUCCCGGGGAGGGUGCCGCGGAUGAGCGGGAGCGGAAGGAAAGGCGGGAAAGCCGCCGGCUGGAGAAGGGGCGCUCGCAGGACUUCCCCGACGUGCCUGAGCAGCGCGAGGCGGUCCGGGCGGCGGAGGACGAGAAGCAGAGGAAGAAGGAGGAGGAGUACCAGACCCGGUACCGCAGCGACCCCAACCUGGCGCGUUACCCCGUGAAGCCGCCGCCCGAGGAGCAGCAGAUGCGCAUGCACGCCCGGGUGUCCCGCGCCCGGCACGAGCGGCGCCACAGCGACGUGGCGCUGCCGCACACCGAGGGGCCCGCGCCGCCCGAGGGCAAGGCCGGCAAGCGCGCGCCCCCCGCGCCGCCGCCCGAGUCCCCGCGCGCGCACGCGGCUGACAGGACGCCGGAGGUCCGGGCGCCCGCCAAGCCGCUCGCCGGCCACAGCCCGCCCGCGCCCCGCCAUGGGCCGCUCCCCCCAGCCGAAGGCCCCGAACUCAAGGCUCAGGAACCCCUGCGGAAGCAGAGCCGCUUGGACCCCAGCUCGGCCGUCCUCAUGCGCAAGGCCAAGCGCGAGAAGGUGGAGACCAUGCUGAGGAACGACUCGCUCAGCUCCGACCAGUCGGAGUCCGUGCGCCCAUCGCCGCCCAAGCCGCACCGCUCGCGGCGCGGGGGCAAAAAGCGACAGAUGUCGGUGAGCAGCUCCGAGGAGGAGGGCGUGUCCACGCCGGAGUACACGAGCUGCGAGGACGUGGAGCUGGAGAGCGAGAGCGUGAGCGAGAAAGGUGACUUGGAUUAUUACUGGUUGGAUCCUGCCACGUGGCAUAGCCGGGAAACAUCACCCAUUAGUUCGCAUCCUGUAACGUGGCAACCAUCUAAAGAGGGAGACCGAUUAAUUGGACGUGUUAUUCUUAACAAAAGAACAACUAUGCCCAAGGAAUCAGGUGCACUCCUGGGUCUGAAAGUUGUUGGAGGCAAAAUGACCGACUUAGGACGCCUUGGUGCUUUCAUCACCAAAGUGAAGAAGGGUAGCCUAGCAGAUGUAGUUGGACACCUAAGAGCAGGGGAUGAAGUUCUAGAAUGGAAUGGUAAACCCCUGCCGGGAGCUACAAAUGAAGAAGUUUACAACAUUAUUUUAGAAUCAAAAUCAGAACCUCAAGUUGAAAUUAUUGUUUCAAGGCCUAUUGGUGACAUCCCCCGGAUUCCUGAGAGCUCCCAUCCUCCACUUGAGUCCAGUUCAAGUUCUUUUGAAUCUCAAAAGAUGGAAAGGCCUUCCAUUUCUGUUAUUUCUCCAACCAGUCCUGGAGCCCUAAAAGAUGCCCCACAAGUCCUGCCAGGGCAACUUUCUGUGAAGCUGUGGUAUGAUAAAGUGGGACAUCAGCUGAUUGUAAAUGUUCUACAAGCAACAGACCUCCCCCCUAGAGUAGAUGGGCGUCCCAGGAACCCUUAUGUGAAAAUGUAUUUUCUUCCAGAUAGAAGUGAUAAAAGUAAAAGGAGGACCAAAACAGUAAAGAAAAUCCUAGAACCCAAAUGGAAUCAGACAUUUGUUUAUUCACAUGUACAUCGUAGAGAUUUUAGAGAACGGAUGUUAGAAAUAACUGUGUGGGAUCAACCAAGAGUACAAGAAGAAGAAAGUGAAUUCCUUGGAGAGAUCCUCAUAGAAUUGGAGACAGCACUUUUAGACGAUGAGCCCCAUUGGUAUAAACUUCAGACACAUGAUGAGUCUUCACUACCUCUGCCUCAGCCAUCACCUUUCAUGCCGAGGAGACACAUUCAUGGAGAAAGCUCUAGCAAAAAGCUACAAAGAUCUCAGCGAAUCAGUGAUAGUGACAUCUCUGAUUAUGAGGUUGAUGAUGGUAUUGGAGUAGUUCCUCCAGUGGGUUAUAGAUUUAGUGGUAGAGAAAGUAAAUCUACAACAUUAACAGUGCCGGAGCAGCAAAGAACCACUCAUCACCGUUCACGUUCAGUAUCUCCUCAUCGCGGCGAUGAUCAGGGAAGGCCGCGUUCACGUUUACCAAAUGUGCCAUUACAGAGGAGCUUAGAUGAAAUUCAUCCAACGCGAAGGUCACGUUCUCCAACUAGACACCAUGAUGCCUCCCGAAGUCCAGUUGAUAGAUCCAGAGAUGUGGAUAGUCAGUACUUAUCAGAACAAGACAGCGAGCUUCUUAUGCUGCCCAGAGCAAAACGAGGACGAAGUGCAGAAUGUCUACACACUACCAGUGAACUGCAGCCCUCCCUUGACAGGGCUAGGAGUGCUAGUACCAACUGCUUGAGACCAGAUUCUAGUUUGCAUUCACCAGAACGAGAAAGGGGUAGAUGGUCCCCCUCCCUAGAUAGGAGACGACCUCCUAGCCCCAGGAUUCAAAUCCAGCAUGCAUCUCCGGAGAAUGACAGGCACUCCAGAAAGUCUGAAAGAUCUAGCAUCCAAAAACAAACUAGGAAAGGCACUGCCCCUGAUGCAGAAAGGGUUCUCCCUAGAAGGGGACACGCAGCCCCACGAGCGAUUGAUCAACCAGUCACUAGGGGCAAACAUCCCACUCGCUCACGGUCGAGCGAGCACUCUAGUGUCAGAACACUGUGUUCUAUGCAUCACCUUGCCCCUGGAGGGUCGGCGCCGCCUUCUCCGCUUCUGACAAGAAUGCAUCGACAAGGAAGCCCAACCCAGUCUCCUCCAGCAGACUCAUCCUUCAGCAGUCGCAGGGGAAGACAGCUCCCACAAGUGCCCGUGAGAAGCGGCAGUAUAGAACAAGAGCAAGAAAAAUAUAAGUCUUCCAGUAAAGCCAGCUUAGUAGUGGAGGAGCGAACAAGACAGAUGAAAAUGAAAGUGCAUCGAUUUAAGCAGACAACAGGGUCUGGUUCUAGUCAAGAACUUGAUCGCGAGCAAUAUUCCAAGUAUAACACACAUAAAGAUCAGUACAGAAGCUGUGAUAACGUCUCUGCCAAAUCAUCAGAUAGUGAUGUCAGUGAUGUGUCCGCCGUUUCCCGAACCAGCAGUGCCUCACGCCUCAGCAGCACAAGCUUUAUGUCAGAGCAAUCUGAGCGCCCCAGGGGUAGGAUCAGUUCAUUUACCCCCAAAAUGCAAGGCAGACGGAUGGGGACUUCAGGAAGAGCCAUCACGAAGAGCACCAGUGUAAGUGGAGAGAUGUACACACUGGAGCAUAAUGAUGGUAGCCAGUCGGACACGGCCGUGGGUACAGUUGGAGCAGGUGGAAAGAAACGGAGGUCCAGCCUGAGUGCCAAAGUGGUCGCCAUAGUGUCUCGAAGGAGUAGAAGCACAUCUCAACUGAGCCAAACAGAAUCGGGCCAUAAGAAGUUAAAAAGCACCAUACAGAGAAGCACAGAAACAGGAAUGGCAGCCGAAAUGAGGAAGAUGGUGAGACAGCCCAGCCGGGAGUCCACUGACGGCAGCAUCAACAGUUACAGCUCCGAGGGAAACUUAAUAUUUCCUGGAGUGCGGCUAGGAGCUGACAGUCAAUUCAGUGAUUUUCUUGAUGGACUCGGACCCGCACAGCUUGUUGGCCGCCAAACGCUUGCCACCCCUGCAAUGGGUGAUAUACAGAUUGGAAUGGAGGAUAAAAAGGGCCAGUUAGAAGUUGAAGUUAUCAGAGCACGAAGCCUCACACAAAAGCCUGGUUCCAAGUCUACACCUGCUCCCUACGUCAAAGUAUAUCUUUUGGAAAAUGGAGCCUGCAUUGCCAAGAAGAAGACAAGAAUUGCAAGGAAAACUCUUGAUCCGUUGUAUCAACAGUCCCUGGUUUUUGAUGAAAGUCCACAGGGUAAAGUUCUUCAGGUGAUUGUCUGGGGAGACUAUGGCAGAAUGGACCACAAAUGCUUCAUGGGUGUGGCUCAGAUCUUGUUGGAAGAACUUGAUCUGUCCAGCAUGGUGAUUGGAUGGUACAAAUUGUUCCCACCGUCCUCCCUGGUGGAUCCCACACUCACACCCCUGACGCGUCGGGCAUCCCAAUCAUCUCUAGAAAGUUCAACUGGGCCUCCCUGCAUUCGAUCAUAGUGAACUCACACCAGAGUCAUUCCAACAAAACUCUACCUUUCAGGAUAAUAAUCUGAACCAGAUAUUUCAUGAUCAAAAGCAUUGUUGGAGACAGACAAUCAACUUGUGUUUUGCCUGUAGUAGUUUUUCAAUAUGUCCCAAUUGUUUAAAACAUGGCUUCAUAUGACAGAACUAGUUGAUCUAUCAAAUUGCAGUGAGAAUCAACGUAGUAGUGAGAGUCACUGAUGCUUCUGAUAGAAAAAGAGGAACCUUCAAGUUCAUACACACGCACACACCAAAUUGAAUAAACUGGAAACUCUCACUCGGUGAAAAGUUGUAUCUGGCACAUUUCUGCACAAAUCACAAGCAGUGUUAUUUUGCUGAUGCUUGCGGGUUUCGUUCUUUUGUGUGCUUUAUGUGUGUUUGCUUUGUACUUGUUUGUUUGCUUGUUUCCUUCAGUUUUUGUUUCGCUUUGUGCUCACCAUGUUUGUCAUCUCCACUGUUUCUUUUUUUUAUUUUUAUUAUUUUUGGCUGUGUCACAAACGGCUUCACGAUGCUGACAGAGACCCUUCCUUUCUUUUUCCAAAUACACCAAGAAAAGGGCUGAAGCCACCUCUGUAGCAUUAUCCAGUGUUCAACAGUUAGACCAAGCGAUGCCUGUGAAGCUUCACUGGGUUUCAUGCCAUACUUUCUUCAAGUCUCAUAUGUGGAAACCCAAGCAACAAAAAUUACCUUCCAAACUAGCAAUCACAGGAUCACUUUUAAGUGAAGAACAUCUCUGUUUGCAUUCCAGAAAAUUCAUUUGUGUUUUCCAUUGUUUUGCAUGGAAGACUUAAGUCGAUCUGCAACUAAUGCUGGGAACUAAAAGUAACUGCAUAAUUGUGCUUUGGGAAAACUCCUUGCAAUGCCUUUUACUUCCUGAUAUCAAAAGUAAACAUGCUCCUGUGUACAAAUCAUACUCUCGACUUCCCACAAUGGUGACUAAGAGUGGAUUUGAGCCUAAGACACAUUCAGCUCCGCCCAGGCUUCUCAGCCAUGCCUCAGUGUAGACUCCCCCAUCUGCCCUGAAGAGAGCAUGGUAUGAGCUGUUUCAUAUUCCACUGGAAAUUCCAGUUGAAAAAUUCUGCACUAAACUAAUGUUUUUAUUGAAUUUCAGUUUACAUUUCUUUAAGGUCAAUGCAAGCACAAAGCUUGGUUUUUUAAUGCAAAGUACCUUACUUUUUUGGGAGAAAAAUAAUACAGAAUCAAAUUUCAAUUUGCAUUUUCUUCCUUUGAGUUUUUCUUGGCCUUGAACUUCCCUUGUGACAUUCUGUGUAUGUGCUACAAGCUGCAGGUUCUGCAGGUGCAUCGAUGUGGUCUCCCACCUUUUAUGAGUCAUUCGACUUUUGUGAUUACACAGCUAGGUCAGCAUGACAUGGAACUCUGUUCAAAGCCGCAUGCACGUUUUAUAAAAAAAUAAAUAAAUAAACAAAAAGAAAGAAAAAAGACAAGAACAAAAGGUUAUUUAAUAAUGUAUGUUAGUUCCACAUAGACCAGCUUGUAUGUUGCAUGUACUUGUACAGUUUGCUCGUUAAUUACUAUACUGAAAUAACCAAGAAAACUAAGCCAUCCAUUUUUGUUAUAGACAUUUUGCAGGUUUUAGCCAGACUCAUUCCGUGGAUCUGGGGCGAAAUGUCUAUGAAUGGACUUUAUUUUUUACCCUCUGGAAAACGUGAUGUAGUAUGGACCAAAUUCCUUCUGAUAAAUACUUUGGUGUAGAUUCCAAUGUGGGGCUGUAACACAUGUAGACACUGUGUACACACUAGGUUUUAAUCCAUAGACAUACUGCCUGCACCAAGUGAAUUAUUUAUUAUCAUUUACACAUGUCAGACUUCUCUGCCCAUCAUUACGUGGGGCACAGGUUGACCACUGCUCACCAGUUUGAGCAGGAAGAACUGAAGCAUUGGUGCACUUCUACUAGAUUCCGUUCUGUCUUAGUGGCCAACGAUCAACCAAUUAUAAUUGGGUAGUAUCUUUCUAUUUUGACCACUUGUCUUAACACUCCCCUGUGCUUUUAAAUAAACUUCCAACUCAUGUAUGUAAACAUGUUUAAUAAAAUUUACUUUUCAUGUCA